CAAACCAUUGUUUGGGUUGGAGAGGCCCUAAGGGCUGCUACCACCCCCGCACAAGGGGAUUGCGCACAAGCCCCCGAUGGAGGCAGGAGUGGCACUUCCUUGACCGUCCGCAGCCCCCGCUCAUUCUCCCAGUUCCCAGCCAAGUCCCAGGUGAGGAAAGUGAGGCCCAAAGUGCUUCUGUCACUCAAGGUUUCAGUCUAGGGUAUUGACCUGUAACACAUCAUGCUGAGGAACUCGACUGGGCACCAGAAGGAGCUAAGAUGCAGGUUUCCGAUGACCAGUGAGAAAUAUGAGUGCUCGAGUAAGAUCAAAAUCUAGAGGAAAGGGAGAUGGAAAAAAAUCUAAGCUGGAUGAACCUGGAGUUGCUAAGCAACCAGGUAAAAAAAUACCUCAAAAAAAGGAACCACCUACUGAGGAUCCAGAUGUUGAGCCUGGACAAGAGAGAGAAGAAGGAGCAUGUGGGGUUCAAGAACCUGAACUGGAAGCUGAAAGCCAGGAAAAGGAAAAGGGUCUGGAAAAGACUGGAGGUGAGCGUGGAGAUGGCCCUGAUGUGAAAGGGAAGACUACACCUGAUCUGGCAUUUGCUAAAGUUCAAGAAGCAGGUGAUGGACAGUCAUAAGUUAAAAAGAAGAGAAGCUGAAGCCACACAUACAGUUUGUUAUAUUGAUAAUUUGGCUUAAAUUCUCUCAAUAAAGAUUUAAAGUUUGCUCUGAA